UAAUCUAAAUCUGUAAAUCAACAUUCAUUCCUUCCUUAUACCCCACUUAUACCUACCGACGAUUUUUUGGCUGUUAUACUGUCAGUACCGUCGUCGUCGUCGCCGUCGGCCAUCUUCGAUGCGAUUGGCCAGACUCUGACACAAACGGAAGCUGAUAAUUCUCCCUUUUGGAGUAUCGUUUGUUCCUUGACAGCUGUCUAUGACGAACCCCAGACCGCCCUCAUUACGCUCGACCCCAAGUGCAAAGGCCGUCAGUACAUUGAGCACAGGACACAAUUUACCUUCCAUUUCGACUGUUACUACUGUUCCUCCCUGGGCUAAAGAUGAACCUCCAUCUCCAAAGGAAGAAACUUCUACCUCUGAACCUCAGCUGCUGCCUCAUUCAACAUUUUCCAACGACGUAGCCUCCGUUCUUUCCUCAGAAUAUGGAAAACAUAGCCGAGAGGGAUCAAGCAGUCUUAGUCGAUGGUUUGCAUUCACCAUGCCUCGACAGGCAGGUAGACCAUUUCAAAACCAGAAUGGCGAUGAUACACCAGCUCGAGAACUUCACAGAAAGGCGUCAACAUUCAAAGACAAACGCAGGUCAUGGCUGGCAAAUUCGAGUAUACGGGAACCGCCCCCUUCAUUUUCCAAACACACGAUCGAGAAGAAUGCUUCAGAUCCGGAACGAAACAGGGAAGCUCAACCAAAGCGGAGAGAUUGGAACUUGUCGAUAUCGAUGCCCACGCCUCGUGCUACGUUCACCGUAAAUCAGACUAAUUCACCAGGAUGGGAGACUCCUUGGACAUCUCGUGUUGGCGCACAAGGACCUUUUCGGUCUCGAUCCAGGCAUGAAGAGGGCCCUGGGUAUGAGGACGAAGAAAAUCUCGAAAGUCACUCUGGUUUGAGUGGAUCGAACGACGAUUCGAGAUGGGAGAGUAGAAGAAAACGAUUAAGAAUAUUCUUGCUGAGCAAUCCCUAUGUGCCAUUGCUCUUUCGUUUAGUCAACAUUUCAUUCACUACCGGAACGCUUGCUGUAGCUAUUCAUAUACGAAAUUGGGAAAAACGAUAUGGACUCAUGGGUAUCGUCGGUAGCUCACCAACGUUGAUAAUCAUAUUUGCUCCCCUCACUCUCGUGCAUGUCAUUGGUGCGAUUUACCUCGAAUACUUUGGUCGGCCCCUUGGCUUGUGGCGUACGUCCGCAAAGCUCGCGCACACGUUAUCCGAAGUCCUCUUUAUCUGCGCUUGGUCUGCUGCACUCUCCCUCUGUUUUGACAAUUUCUUCACUUCUCUCAUUCCCUGUGCCUCGCAUUCUACUAUCUCGUGGUACAACAGCCUUCCUCGACCCAUCUACAACCUACCUACCGUAGAAGGUAGCGUCGGAGAUGUGCUGUGCGACAGCCAGUUGGCGUUGAUAUGCUUGGUGUUUGUAAGCUUGGUGAUGUAUUGCACAAACUUGGUCAUUAGUCUGUACCGAAUCUUUGAGAAGGUAAAAUACCUUCCCGGUACAACUCUUGGAUUCAGGAAUAGAUAGAAGACUCGACUCCUCCGUACAUCAUUCUUCUUCCGAUUUUCCGCGCUACCCUCACUUUUUACAUGCGAUACAUCCUGCCAUGAUCAUCCUUUCCCCUUAUUGGGUAUUUGCAUUCUUUUCGCUAUCUAUCUGCAUUUUCUUUGUUUCACGCUUCAUCACUUUCUUCUCUUCAACAUGCAAAUUUGCAGUUGAUCAGGGUUCAGUUGUUUCAUUUUCCGUCUUCCUCUCGAUUCGCAACAAACAGUUCUAUACCAACGUAAUGGCAGUCACUCCUUCACACUGUAGUUGCUAUGUACCAUAAUGUAUCUUUUGUUACUCACUACGAUAGUUGGACGGACAAGGAUUCCUAUAUCUAAAAAGUUUAGAUCAUCAUGCCUGUUGAAUAAUUUAAAUAACGC